AGUGCGACGCAACGGUCGCACCCGCAACUACAGAUCAAAAUAGGUGGUUAACAGAAGAAAACAAGCUCUUGGAUUUGGAUACGCUUACUUCUUCAACUUGCAUUUGUUACAACCUGUCUCACAACUAAGACAGUCUAAUCUACCGAAACUACAACUACUAACUUUUGAAGCUCAGUCCAAUGGCAACACCGUGUGUUACCAAGGUGGAGCUGACAGUCUCCUGUGAACAUCUUUUGGACAUGGACUUGUUGUCAAAAUCUGACCCUCUGUGUGUCCUGCUUCUGAAUCCAUCUGGAAACCAGUGGUUUGAGGUUGAUCGCACAGAAAGGGUUAAGAACUGCCUGAACCCAAAAUUUGCCAAGAAGUUUGUCGUUGACUACUACUUUGAGGUCGUUCAGAAACUCAGAUUCAGCAUUUAUGAUAUCGACAAUAAAACCAUUGAUUUAAGUGAUGAUGACUUCCUGGGUGAGGUGGAGUGCUCUUUGGGUCAGAUUGUUUCCAGUAGCAAGCUGACAAGACCUUUGCUGCUAAAAAACAAAAAACCUGCAGGAAGGGGAAUUAUUACGAUCUGUGCAGAGGAAAUCAAGGACAACAGAGUUGUGAAUUUUGAGGUGGAUGCUAGAAAACUGGACAAAAAGGAUUUCUUUGGAAAAUCAGACCCCUACCUGGAGUUUUACAGGCAGACGGGAACAGGCUGGCAGCUUGCUCACAGAACAGAGGUGGUGAAGAAAAACUUGAACCCCAGCUGGAGACCUUUCAAAAUCCCUUUCCAGUCUCUCUGUGGUGGGGACAUGGAGAAACCGAUUAAGGUUGAAUGUUACGAUCAUGACAAAGAUGGAUCACAUGAUUUAAUAGGGAUUUUUGAGACCACUAUGAAACGCUUGCAAGAGGCUUCUCGCACAUCUCCGGCAGAGUUUGAGUGUAUGAACAGCAAGAAAAAACAGAAAAAGAAAAAUUAUAAGAACUCGGGAAUCGUGAGUGUGAAAGUUUGUCAGAUUACCAGAGAAUACACUUUUCUAGACUACAUCAUGGGAGGCUGCGAGAUCAAUUUCACUCUGGGCAUCGACUUCACAGGGUCAAAUGGUGACCCCAGGUUACCUGAUUCCUUACACUACAUCAGUCCUCAAGGUGUGAAUGAAUACCUCUCAGCUAUCUGGUCAGUUGGGCUUGUGAUCCAGGAUUAUGACAGUGACAAAAUGUUUCCUGCAUUUGGGUUUGGUGCCCAGAUUCCACCUAACUGGCAGGUGACGCACGAGUUUCCACUCAACUUCAAUCCCUCAAAUCCAUUCUGUGCAGGUAUUGAGGGUGUGGUACAGGCCUACAGGAUGUGCCUUCCUCAGGUCAAACUUUACGGCCCAACAAACUUCGCCCCCAUCAUUACACAUGUGGCACGUUUCGCACAGGAAGCGUUACAACAGAACACGGCAUCGCAAUACUAUGUUCUACUGAUAAUCACUGAUGGAGUGAUUACAGACAUGGAUCAGACGCGGACGGCCAUAGUCGCUGCCUCCCACCUGCCUAUGUCUAUCAUUAUUGUGGGUGUGGGCAAAGCCGACUUCACAGACAUGGAGAUUCUGGAUGGAGAUGAUGGACAACUAAAGUCUAUUACUGGAGAGCCGGCCGUACGCGACAUCGUGCAGUUUGUGCCCUUCAGAAAUUUCCAUAACUCUCCUAAAGAGGCUCUCACUCAGUGUGUUCUUGCAGAGGUUCCUGGUCAGGUCGUCACUUUUUAUAGCAUGAUGAAGCUUCCUCCUCCAAACAAUAACACUCCAGUGGCCACUCAACAGGGGUCGACACAGAACUGAGGGGCUGAAGAACUGGACUCAUCGCCAUUUUGCUGACCUAACCCUAUGCUUUCUUAAAGAGAAACACCACCUUUAAAAUGAUUCAGCUGCCUUGCACGAGUCUUACUUCUUCAAAGCGAUCUUCUAAAUGAGAUACUUUAUUAUAAAAAUUGUGAGGACUGCAUACUUAGGCUGAAAGUAUCCUCGAUGAUGAAGAAAUAUUCAGGUAGAAGGAGGAUAACUAUCCCUGUUAAAUUCCAGGAAACUUUGCUGAAGGAAACGGUUAGUGUUGCAGGUGAGAUGGAAGAACACAAUGGCGGUAUUUAAAUCUUCUCGUGAAACUUGUUUGCAAGUUAGCAUUAUGAUUUUUUAAAUUUUUAUUUUUAACUAUCAUGUCAUUCUCAUACUUUUAUGCAUUUCAUAUGUUUCAUAUCUGUAUGUGAUUUGUUUAAACAGUGCCUGACUCACAAAGCAUUUUGCAGAGCCAUAUUGCCAUGUGUUUUAGACACAUCACAUGGAUAGUAAUAAUGUGCCUGUAUUGUGCCCAAUUGUUUGUUGAUUUACACAGAUUAUGUAAUAAUAUUAUGGCCAGACUGCACAUAAAACUAAACACACUGGAACAUUGCUCCAGAUUUACUCAUCUAAUAGAUCCAAUGUUGGAUAUAAAGUUAAUGUAUACAGAUGAAAGCUGAAACUGAUGUUUGUCAGUGUCAUACAGUAGCUACUAUGUGCGCUGAAUGCGCUGUUCAUGGAUACAGAAAAAUAAAUAAGCAAAAUGGGAAGUGGUGGUGGUGUAGUGGGCUAAAGCACAUAACUGUUAAUCAGAAGGUCACUGGUUUGAUCCCCACAGCCACCACCAUUGUGUCCUUGAGCAAGGCACUUAAUCCAGGUUGCUCCGGGGGGGUUGUCCCUGUAAUAAGUGUACUCUAAGUCGCUUUGGGUAAAAGCGUCUUCCAAAUGCAUAAAUGUAAAUGUAAAAUAAUCAACUGUUCAGAUCCGUAUUAACUAUGUUUGAGAUCUAAGAUUAUUUUGUUUGGUGUAAGAUGCUGUUUUACAAUACCACCACAAGCCCUUAGAAGCUGUUAAUUAGAUAAUCAUAAUAAUAUUUUAAAGCUAUUUUGUUUUAAUCUGACAACUUGUGCAAACAUUUUGUAGAUACCUUGUGUAAUGUCAACACACAUUGUAUGUGUUUUUUUUCUGAUUAUCUCUGUCCCUUUAAGCAUGUUUUGUGCCAAGUAAAUAAUAAAAACA